AUGGAGAAAGGAGGGAGAGGGUAUAUUGAAUCGCAUGGUGACGGUACCGAUUUGGGAAGUGUAAUUUAUACAUCUUUUGUGCUUUUUGUUUUAUCCUGUAUCAUCUUCCUGUUAAUGCUCAGAUCAAUCAAACCCAGCGGUGUUACUGAAGAGGUGGAAAUUUUGCUGGAUGUAUUAAGAUGCCGUGAAGAGCUUGAUACGCAACAACGGCAAAGACUAAGGUACAGGAGUUCUUAUAUUCCGGAAAUAGUGGUAACUCCUGACGCUGAUAGUCUACGAUUAUCAGUAAGAAAUUUACAACUUCCAUCUAGGACCCCAAGUUUAUCUCUAAUUUAUGAUUUUGGUUCGUCUUGCGCAACAACGCCACAGUACGCAGAAUCAGAAACAAGUUUUUCUCGUACCGCAUAUCAUGGUUCCGAGGUGGACCGAUUAAGCAUUGAUGCUGAAUGUUCUUCUGGUUCAGGGCAUCAACUUUAG